CUGCCCAUCAUGAUCAUCUCUCCCAACGCUCCCCUCUUCUUUCUCCUUCCUUGUUACUUGACCUGUCUGGUUACCAGAUCUUUCUUACACUCGGACUUUAUUCUCUACUUACAGAGAGACAGCAUCCUCACCCGCCCUCGACCUGACCUGUCUGCCCUCGCCUAUCUGCCCCGCCUACUGCUUCCCCGCUCUCAAUCUAUCUCGCCCCGGUGACCUCAUUACGCUAUUCCGAAUCAACUACCCUCGAGCUUGCAACAGCAACCCUACCGCCCGAAUCACCCUACUGUGACCUCAGAUAGGUCCCACGCCGCCAUCAUGAGCAGUCCCAAACGAAGAAUUGAGACGGAUUAUUAUAGGUUGAUGAGUGACUAUGAGGUGACCCUGGUCAAUGAUAACAUGCAAGAAUUCUACGUUCGCUUCAAGGGCCCAGAGGAGACACCUUUCGCCGGUGGUCACUGGAAGAUCCACGUCGAAUUGCCCGAUCAGUACCCUUAUAAGAGUCCCAGCAUUGGAUUCGUGAACCGGAUUUUCCACCCAAACAUUGACGAGCUCUCGGGAUCCGUCUGCCUCGACGUGAUCAACCAAACGUGGUCGCCAAUGUACGACAUGAUCAACAUCUUUGAGGUUUUCUUGCCUCAACUACUUCGUUACCCCAACCCCUCGGACCCACUCAACGGCGAGGCCGCAGCACUGAUGAUGCGCGAGCCAAAGGGAUACGAGGCGAAGGUCAAAGAGUACGUAGCCAAAUAUGCUAGUAAAGAAGCCGUGGACGAGGCCGGCGAGGACACCGAAUCCGAAGACGAGCUCAGCUCUGCCGGUAGCUAUGAAUCUGGCGGCGAAGAGCCCGCCGGCGCGAUGGACGAUGUCUAA